AUGCGGCCGUCACUCCUGUUGCCCAAACACACCCCGACACUUCUCCGGCAGCAGCAGCAGCAGCAGAAUGUGUCGCGGGGCGUUUUCGGCUGCACUGUUGCUGCUCGGGAGCAGGGACACCACCCCCAUCAUCACCAGCAGCUGCAGCUGCACACAGCAGCUACAUCAACCACGUCCUCGUCCUCCACUUCCUCUGUCAACGCCGACGAGAUAUCGCACUUCAGUGCCCUCGCCUCGUCAUGGUGGGACCCGCACGGCCCGUCGCGGCCGCUGCACCUGAUGAACCCGCUGCGGCAUGACUUCAUCGCUGACUGUCUUGCCUCGUCGCCCGAAGCCGCCACACCACUAUCACCGCCGGCGGCAGCAGGGACCCAAACAAGAGGCCUGCGCUACCUCGACGUCGGGUGCGGCGGCGGCAUCUUCGCCGAGAGCGCCGCCCGGCGGCCCGGCACGCACUCGGUGACGGCGAUCGACCCGUCGGCGACGAUCCUGGGCGUGGCGCGGCAGCACGCGCGGCGAGACCCUACCCUCACCACCGGCACGCCCGCAGAGCCCAAGCUCCAGUACCUCAACGCGUCGAUCGAGACGCUCCCGCUGCCCGCGGCGCCGGAGCGGCUGUUCGACGUGGUGACGCUGUUCGAGGUGGUCGAGCACGUCGACCGCCCGGCAGCGUUCCUCGACGCGUGCGGCUGGUUCGUGCGCCCGGGAGGCUGGCUAGUGCUGAGCACCAUCGCGCGCACGUGGACAAGCUGGCUCACGACCAACGUGCUGGCCGAGGACGUGCUGCGCGUGGUGCCGCGCGGCACGCACGACUGGCGCAAGUACAUCAACGCCGACGAGCUGCGCGCCCAUUUUGAGGACGGCGCCCGGCCCGUGGUCAUGGGCGUCGUGUAUGUGCCCGGCCUGGGGUGGAAGAAGGUCGGCGGGAGCGAGAAGCUGGGGAACUACUUUUUCGCGGUGCAGAAAAGGGAUGUUGUUCGGGACAGACAGAAUAAAAUAAAUAGGAAUUGGGGUGUUAGACUGUAG